AUGGCCGUGGCCGCACGCGCACGGGGCUCGCCGCUCCUCCGCGCCCUCUCCGGCACGAGGGCGCGGCCGCCGCUGGCCCGAUCCAUCCACGAGGGGCCCGACACCAUCGACGAGCUCCUCGACCGCCACCUCUCCAAGAAGGGGCCCACCCCCUCCGCCAUCCUCGACGACGACGCGGCGGAGGCCCUGGCGCGGCGGAGGCUGACGAGCUCGCGGCGGGAGGCGCUGGGGCUGUACCGGGACAUCCUGCGCGCGACGCGCCUGUUCGAGUGGCCCGACGAGCGCGGCGUGCCGUGGCGCGACACGCUGCGCGCCAACGCGCGCCGCGAGUUCGAGGAGGCCCGCGGCGAGCGCGACCCGGAGGUGGUCGCGCGGCUCCUCAUCGGCGGCCGCGAUGCCGUCGACCAGGCCCUCGAGCGCGUCGCCGACGCCUCCCGCCGCAUGGUCCAGGCCGAGGAGGCCAAGCGCCGCGGCGGGCCGUAG